AUGGUCGAAAAGGUCUACGUAACGUACAACCAGAUCCACAAGCUCUGCCAGGAUGCGGCGCCCAAGAUCCUGGGCGAUUUCAAACCGAACCUCAUGAUCGCCAUUGGUGGAGGCGGCUAUGUCCCUGCUCGGAUCCUGAGAUCGUUUCUCAAGCAACCUGGCGCUCCCAACAUUCCCAUUCAAGCAAUCGGGCUGUCCCUCUACGAGCAGUUGUCCGACUCGGACGUGGUGGAAGAACCGGGCACGAAAGUCACGCGGACGCAAUGGCUGGAUUUCUCGUCGCUGGAAAUGAAAAAUCUCAUCGGCAAGAACAUCCUGAUUGUGGACGAGGUCGACGACACUCGCACUACGCUCGAGUACGCCGUCAAAGAGCUGCAGAAGGAUGUGGAAAAGGCCAGACUACAUGAGGGCAGAUCUGAGCCAACAAGGUUUUCCAUCUUCGUCUUGCACAACAAGGACAAGGAAAAGAAGGGCCAUCUUCCUGACGACCUGAUCAAUGACAACCGAUAUCUUGCAGCAGUUACGGUGCCUGAUUGCUGGAUUUGCUAUCCUUGGGAGGCGACGGACAUUGACGAACAUGACCAGCUCGCCGCGGAACAUGGUGUCAAAUAG